CUUCCGAUUUCCCGUGAAAGAGGUGUUCCGCCUUCAGCAGUGGUUAAAAGAAAUGAAGAGGAAGGACUGGAAGCCAAACCGAAAUAGCACAUUGUGUUCAGCUCAUUUUACAAAUGACUGCUUUGAUAGGACAGGAUUCCUAAUUACAUUGAAAAAGAACAGUGUACCAACUAUAUUUGACAACCCAAAAUCAGAGUGUUCAUCUUGUCACCGAUUAAGGGAAUAUGGACGUGGCUAUUCAUUCUUCAAGUUCCCAUUGGACGAACCUGAUAUUAUGAAGCAGUGGAUCGCAAAUAUAAACAUUGGACCGUGGUCUCCAUCAAGUGAUAGCUUUCUGUGUUCCGACCACUUUGAACCCUCUUGCUUUCAGAAGAAAAGCAAAAAUUGUAUAACUUUACGAAAAGGCAGUAUCCCAACGUUAUUUGGUGAAAACUUGCAGCAGACCGAAUUUCAGAAUGAAUCCGAUCGGCCCACCACAGUGAAUGUAACCAAAUUACAUGAUCUUGAUGAGCCAUUGUCUACCACAGUAAAUACAACCGAAGUACAUGAUGUUAAUAGGCUAUUGAUUUCAGAUGUAACAGACCAGAAUGCCAAUGCCAUUGUCUCCGUAGAUGUAACAGAGCAAAACGCCAACGCCAUAGAAACUGAUAGUGAUCGUCUCAGUUUGAGUACUAACCUCCUCAGCUCAAGUAAUAAUGACUCUAGGGAUAACCUGAGUACUAAGUUGACACCAACAAGCGUAUGCAUUGGUGGCAUUCAAUUCAUUCGAAGGCAGUCUCACAUGAUCAUCGCUACACACAUAGUCCGAGGACCACUAUGA